AACUCCAAAGUCCUUGAGGAACCUUCGUGGAAGCUCACCAUGACAGAGGCCGACCUUCCUCCAUUUAAUCUCUCCCAACCCUCUGCUCGAACCAUCCUUCCUACCUAUUUCCUCUUCUUCUCUCUCCCUCCUUCAAUCCCAGCCUUCCAUCAUGAAAUUGAUUCCAUCCUUCCCAUCCAAAUCCAAGAAACAAAACAAGCUCAAGAAAUCAGAAUCCAAUCCCCUCUCCUUCAGCAGCAGCAUCUCCUCUCACUACUCAUCCGGAACCCCGAAAUCGGUCCUCCCUCCAUCCCCACCGUACAAUAGCAUCUCAUCAUCCAACUCCGAAUCCUCCUCUUCAAAACCCAACUCCACCGAUUUCGACAUUCUCGAGGUCUUCAAGAUCUUCGAUCGGGAUAACGAUGGCAAGAUAACGCUCACGGAGCUCGAGCUCCUCUUCCACCGCCUCGGAUUCGAGCCGCCGACGCAGGAAGAGCUGUCGCUUAUGCUCGCUGAAGCCGAUCUCGACGGCGACGGUUGCAUCAGCUUGGAGGAGUUCGGUGCCCUCAGCUCCACGCUGGGACCUGCGCAUGGGUCCGAGCUACGCGACGCGUUUGAUUAUUUCGACAACGAUAAGGACGGUCGGAUCUCGGCCGAGGAGCUGCACGGGGUUUUUCUGACGCUUGGAGAUGAUGGGUGCACGUUAGAGGACUGCCGGCGCAUGAUAGGUGGGGUGGAUGCGGAGGGGAAAGGUUUCGUCGGGUUUGAGGAUUUUGUGCGGAUGAUGGAAGCGCAGAGGUGAUUGUUGGGUCCCAGUCCCCUAUUUAGUAACUGCAGCGAGAUGCUGACACGUGGCAGAUGCGGUUCGCUUAUCCAGGCCGUUCAUCUAGUGUCUUAACCAUCGCACCAGAUGGAUUAUCCAGCAAUACAAUGGAAAUGUCCUUGUUGCGUGAUUUAUCAACUGAGGGCCACCCAACAGAUGGGACCCACUGGAUGGUCGGUCUGGAUUUGCUCCCCCAUCUGGCACGUGUGGAUGCCCCCCUUAAAGAUCCAGCGUGCCAAAUAGUACAGGGUCAACGUGUAACAUUAGUGGUAUUGGGUUUUGUAUAAGAAGAGUGGAAAUCAACUUCGACAAAUUCCUUUUUUA